AUGAGUCAAAGACAACUAAUCGCGUAUGGAAAAGCGGAAGAGGAGGAAGAGAGCGACACCACUCAGUAUAUCGAUGUCUAUGAGGAAUACGAAUCAGAGGAAGAGAAGAAACAGAGGAAAGCGUGGGAAGCGCAACGUGAGAAGGAACGGCCGUGGGUGGCGGAGACACGGAAGGAAAUAGAGAGGGCACGGAGAGAAGAAUGGGCACCAGUGGGAGAGCAUCAACGGAAGGGACAUGAGGGCAAGAAGGACAGGAGAGGAAAAGGAAAGGGGAAGAAGGAGGAUACACACGAAUCCCGUCCCGGUCGCCGUCCCCGUCACCGCGACAGUCGUGGCGAAAGCUCUCGCACUGCUCAAGCUGCCCCGACCUUCCUCCCUGACAAUGCCCCCUACGAAGGCUCAAACGAAGCGUCUUAUGCGAGAGACGUGCAGGAUGUCCAAUUCGUCAGCAUCAUAGACCCACAUACCGGCCUUCAGGUCAAUGCUGAGGAACCAGGCUCAAACGAAGCGUCCUAUGCGAGAGACGUGCAGGAUGUCCAAGAGGUCAGCAUCGUAGAACCAGAUACCGGCCAUCAGGUCAAUGUGGAAUCAGGCUCGUACGACCCGUAUUAUGCGCAGGACCCUUAUUAUGCGCAGGACAAUGCAGGAGGGCAGGAUGUCCAUUCCGCCAGCCACCCAGACUACACCGGCCAUCAGGUCAAUUAUAUGGAAUCAGACUCCGGGCAUUAUGAGCAAGCCAGGCAUCACGAGCAUCGCAGGCAUCACAGGCGUCAUUAG